ACCGAACUGAAUUUUGCGUCGGACAACACAGAAGGAAUAGCCAACAUAUUUACAUUAUAUAUAUAUAAAUGUAUAUGUUAUUUGACAUUUUUAGGUUAUAAACCAUACUUUUUCAAAUACACUUUAACAUAUAUGUUGCGCGUUUUGGGAAAAGGUUCUGUAAAGUUCUGCUUAUGUGCAACGCUUAAUGACGGAAACGUGUUUGUAGAUCAUGGUGGAAAGCUCUCCCUCUCCUCUGCCUGAGAGAGCCAUUUACGGCUUUGUUCUCUAUCUCGGCUCACAGUUCAGCUUCUUUCUGUAUUGCCUGUGGGCUUUUGUACCUGAGAGGUGGCUUCAUUCAGUAGGGCUCACUUACUGGCCUCAAAAAUAUUGGGCUCUUGCAGUGCCGAUCUAUCUGCUGGUUGCACUGAUGAUAUGUGUGCUGUUGCUGUUUGGAGUGAACAUGAACAACACGGCUCCACUCGACUCUGUGGACAAUGUCACAGAUGUGUACGCAAGAGGCCAGAUGACAGAAGAUGACCAGAGGGAGAAACUACCGCGACUGAAAGAUGUUUCCAUCUCUGAAGUCAACAAAAUGUUCUACUUGUCUCCCAAACGAUGACGAGCAGAAACAGAUUUUGGCUGGAGGCAGUGUUAACGACUUCAUCCUUUGUUUUGACCUUAUCCCAUAAUAUUGGCUGUAAUGUAUCAAUAUUGUAACUGUUUUUGACUUUUUGUGCAUAAUUUAGAUUUAAAAUAAAUAAAUAAUCUCUUUUCGAUUCAAUCUCAUAA